UCUCAGCACUGGCCAGUGCUGAGAAAUUUCUGUCCCUCAGAUUCCGGUUCGAUGAAGGAAAUAGAAAUAAAUGUCCCUUUUUCGGGGCUUCCAAGAAAAAGAGUGAAAAAAAUUUCUUGCGUGGUUUCAAAUGGGCGUCGGCGAACGGGACAACCUCGGACUUUGCGUUUAUCUCUCCCCUUCUUCUUCCAUCGGUUCGCUUCUCUCCUCCUUUCUCCUCCAACCCACCCGCGUCCUCUUCCGUUUGUCGCUGUCGUGGAUCCCCAGGCCUUUGGGAGGUGUUAAAUCAGAGACUUCUCGUCUCAGGAAGUUGGAAUAAUUCUCCUUUCUUCCUCCUUCUCCCUUUGCAGCCCAACGGUCAAGACUCGGGUCGGCAGCGCGCCUGAACUCCUCUUCCCGGGCUUCGAGUAUGCAGUCGGACUUGCUCGGCAGUCAUCUAGAGUUCUACUUGCGGGCACGACGUUAAACCCACAGGCAAUCUCAGAUCAGAAUCAUGCAUUCCCCCAGGCCAACUGACUUGACUGGCUCGGAAAACCUACGACGAGGUACGGAAAAGGCAGAUCGGUCCGAAGACGUCAUGGUAGCCUUGUCCCUCUCUCGCGACCGGACGGGCCCUCCGCGAAACAACUCGCCUGUCUUGCGCUCUCACAUUCGUUCGCGAUCGCUGGCAGAACUUCCGAGUACCCCUAUGACCCGGGCGCACUCCUCCCCGUGGCUGGACUCACGGGAUCGCUACCUCUUCGUCAACGGUCAUGGGGUUACAUCCGAUCUCAACCUUGCUGACAAUCCUGCCAGGCGCUACAUGCCCAUGCCGGUGAUGGCCGAAGAUAACUUGCACGGCAAGAUGGCGUCUUUGAAUGUGUCGCAGCCCAUCGCAGAACAUGCAGAACUUGACAUCGCUACGAGGUCGUCUUCUCCGCAGGCGGAGCUACGCGCAUCCUCACCGGUUCUGGCAUCUCAUGCGUACUCGCGCAUAAACCGUCGACGUCCAUCGUCUCCCCUUCAUUUCCACGUUGUCACUAGCGGAAACAACCAAUAUCCCAGCAGUCCUUCUUCAACUCAUUCAUCGCCGCUGACUCUCAACACCAAAUACAACGAAUCCUUUCCUAGUUAUGCGACCUCUUCCACGUCGUCUUUGCCGUCGACUCCGACGAGCUUACGAUCUCGCAGUCCAAGUAUAUCAUCCUUGGAGACCAUUCCUGAUACCCCAGAUGCUGAAGCCGCAGCUAUUGAGGCAGACCGUGCAGCGGCUCUGAAGGCUGCAGCCGAUAAGCCGGGAGUAGAGGAGGAGGACAAUAGUGUGGACAGACGACGCUGGCCGUCGGACUUUUGGAGCCCAUCUGGUGUGUCUCCGACUAUGCGGACUGGGCUGGGAACGUAUGGUACCAGAACCGAUAAACGGAAACGAUGGAGUGUCUGUGGGGCCGAACGUCGUCAGGAUCUGGAUUUGGAAACAAUCUGGGAGGAUUGACUGCGAAACCCAGAUACCCGUACUCCUCGAAACACUAUGUGUUUGUUAUGCAAGGACAAACAUUCUGGUUUCGUUGAUCAUUGGCCCAGCCAACACAGCUUUGUCGCUUCGCGCAGGAAAGGAGGGGUAACUCCUAUCCAUAAAUGCCAAUAGCUUUACUCGAGCUGUUGGUAUUGCAAUCUGCACGAAUUUGACCGAUUGCUUUUUUUGGCAAGGGUGGCAGCCCUCGAUCGUCCAUCUGCAGUGGAGAAGCUUCAAUAUUCAUUGGAUCCAACUGUUAUGCGGUAAGGUUCUCGCUUGAAGCAAACAUGGACUGUACCAUAUUCCAGGGAGAGGAGAAGAGAACUCUCUUGGAGGCAUUUCUUUUUUUUUUUUUUUUUUUUUUUUUUCUGUCUCUCAAUUAAGAUGUGGAUACCCAGACUGUCGUCAAGCGUGUUCUUUAGUUCAUGAUUUUUGUCUUCUGCAAUUUCGGAGUUUUCGGCUCACGCAUCCUUCGAGUGACACUUCAUCAAUCAGGUGCAAGGGGCGUUAUUCCAUUAGUUUGCUAUUGCAUGCUUGUCCAGGUAUUGCUUCGUUAUGUCUUUUCAUUGCCCGUCCUUCUUUUCUUUACUGCUAUUGGGUUGACUUCCUGACUUCCGGUUCUCUUGUUCUUUCCUUUGUUUGAUUAGACUCGUCCAGUUCUGUAUCUUUUUCGUAUGUUUGGCUUGCUUCCUUUCUUUCCUGUGGCAUCUGCAUCGAAUCACUAGUUGAACCAACUAUUCAUUGAGAUUCAGCCAGAUAGCCUAGCAUUCAUUCAUCGCUUUCUUUUGCAUUUAGGGUUACGCGAGGAGGUCACUGGGGUUUGAUUUUCGUUUCCAUUGAAUCGUCCACUGUCUUGUACAAUAAUACUGUACCAAUAGCAAUAGGACAAGUAUACGAAA